AUGGAGCCUCUUUUUAAUGGAUUUCCCGUUUUACUUUUUUGUUGUUUUGCUGUACAACUCAACACUCAUGCUGUUGUUGAAUUGCUGUCUGAUAUCCCUAUGGAUAUGAUUGUUGAUAUGCUUAUUGAUCAGCCUGAAUCUGCAGACUUUAAAUGUGUAGUCUCAUUCAAUUCUACAAUCUCAAGAUCCAAAAAAACACAGCAUGUAAGAAGAUUGGAGGAUUCAGAAGGCAAUUACAAAACUUUGCUGUUACUCCAAGACAAGAAAGAUGAGGAUAUUGGAAACCUUCAUUUCAUUCAUCCGAUUUACACUACUUCAGUUUUAGAAAACCAUGAGGGAAAACUGUCUACCCUUCCAGAAGAGAUAAAAGCAGUUGAUGAUAUCUAUGGAAGAAACGAGCCUGUAUUCUACACAAUUAGUAAAGCAUCAGAUUCCAAAUUUAAGACUCAGCUGAAGAUCAAAUUCAAUGAGUACAUACACUACAAUCAGGAAUAUCGAGACCGCCCUGUGAUUUUUUGGGAAGCUGCAAAAGCGGUUUUAAGAGGGGAAAUUAUUGCCUACAAUGCAAUGAGAAAUAAGAAAUUAAAUUUAAGAGAGCAAGAGCUAAAUAACGCAGUGAUAAAUUCAUAUAAUCGUCUCCUUAUCACUAAAAAUUCAGUUAACUGGGCAAAAUAUAUUCGAGCUAAAAAUGACAAGGAUACUUUCUCAAUUUAUAGAGAAUCCCAAAAGGACCUAAAACUGCAAUCUAAACUCUACAGAUAUGGGAAUAAAUCUGGGAAAUUACUUGCCAGAUUGGUAAAGAGUGACAAAAAGUCAUCAUUUAUUGAAAAACUUUACUCAGGCGGGAAGCUUCUCACGGAGAAUGAAGAUAUAUAUAAGGAAAUGGCUGAAUACUAUCAAGAGUUAUAUACCUCUAGAGAUUCAGAUCCAUCACAAGCAGAGGCUUUUUGGAGCAAAAUCUGUUGCCCUAAAGUGUCUGAAGAAGCUAUAGAGACUAUUAAUGCCCCGAUUAUAGUUGAGGAAAUAGAGAAAAUGAUCUCUGAAUCCGCAAUGAAUAAGGCAUCAGGGCCGGAUGGUUUACCGAAUGAAUUUUACAAGAUCUUGUUAUCAGAAACUGCACCUUACCUCUGCAAUCUAUUUAAUGCUAUGUAUAUUAAGGGAGAACCGGCUAUUCAACUGAGCUAUAUGCUAAAAAGUGCAGAUGCUGUGGUGCUAGUUCGUGUCCUUGAUGAAAAUGACAACCCACCGCAAUUUUCACAGUCAGUUUAUGAGACGAGCCUUCCUGAAAACACCCCAUCUGGAUCAAUUGCACUAAUUGUUACAGUAACUGACAAGGAUGAGGGAGGAUUUCAUGGAAAUUUGACCAUCAUUCCAAAAGAUUCCCCUUUCCAGAUUAGUGACUUGGGCAUAAUUACAGUGAACCACUCUUCAGAAUUAGACAGAGAGAGAAACAAAUGCAUCAACUUUCAGGUCUGGGCAUUUGAUACAAAUAGGCUAAAUUCAAGCGCCAUGGUUGUUAUAAAUCUCCUUGACGUCAAUGACAAUAAUCCAGAGUUCCAAAACCUACCGCUUAUUUACACUAUACCAGAAGGAGACUAUAGAACAGGCACACCUGUAACUGUAGGACAUAUAAAUGCCACUGAUAUGGAUGAGGGAUUAAAUGGACAAAUUAUAAUCCAUUCACCUGAUGAAGAAGGAGAUGACAACUUCCUUGUACUGCAAAAUGGAACUAUCAUUGCUCAUGGAUUCAUAGAUAGAGAAGUUAAAGGAAGAUACAUUCUACCUGUAAUAGCAUCAGACAAUGGGACUCCACCAAGAAAGAAUUUUGCAGACAUCAUGAUUGUCAUAAAGGAUGUUAAUGACAAUGCUCCAUAUUUUCCUAAACAUGAAUAUUUUAAACAUAUUGCACUAGCUAAUGUAAAAAAGGGAGACCCUGUACUCACUGUGUCAGCUACAGAUUCAGAUAUUGGGAACAAUUCACUUAUUUCCUACAGCUUGUCACAAAAUGAUCAUUACUUCAUAAUAAAUAGCUCAAAUGGGGAAAUAUCUCUUGCAAGUAACUUACCUACUGUUUCUACAGCAACAGCUUUGACCUUAAAGGUGAUUGCUGCUGACCAUGGGGUUCCCUCUAUGUCAUCUACGGCUACUGUGUAUGUAACGAUCACAGUAAAUGAUACAGAGUUUGGGCUACAGUUUGCAAAUUCGCACUAUAAUUUCAGUAUUUCUGAGGAGGAACCAGAAGGAAUUGAAAUUGGAGCAGUGCGAGCCCUCAGCGGAAAUGCCAAGUCUUUAAUCACUUACCUAGUAAAGACAUACACAGAAAUAUUCUCAAUUACUAACGAAGGCCAUAUUGUCACACGGGUCACACUAGAUAGAGAGAACCAGAGUAGCUAUGAUAUGAUUGUGGAAGCCACGGAUUCCCAGGAGCCACCCAGCACUGCAGCCACAUUGGUCUGGCAGGAAGAGAGGGAGCCGAGUCACAUGUCCUGGGACUCCUGCAGAGAAGAGCUGCUGGUGCUAAGAAGGACCAAGUUAGUGGUCACUGUGUUUAUAACUGAUGUUAACGACAAUCCUCCCAUUUUUUCACCACUGAUUAAUACAAAUAUUAAUUGUCCUGAGAAUGAGGAUUUUCUGGAUUUUGGUCAUAUUUCUGCUACUGACAAAGAUACAGGAAAAAAUGGCUUUAUAACAUAUUUAUUGGAGAAUGACUUUAACGGCACUUUUUAUAUAAACACUUCCACUGGCAGAUUGGCUACUAAAAAACCUCUGGAUGCUGAUACUGUGGCCAAUUAUAAUCUCAAAGUAAUAGCCAUGGAUUCUGGGAGUCCACCUCUCUCUUCUUCUGUACUACUGCAUAUUACAGUUCAAGAUGUUAAUGACAAUCCUCCUGUAUUCCAAGAUAGAUCAAUAAGUGUAACAGUGAAAGAAAAUCAGCCUCCACAUGUGAUUCUGAAUGUUUUGGCGACUGAUCAAGACACUGGAAACAAUGCUCAAAUUUUAUAUUCCUUUACAAUAUCUUCUUCUUUAUUUUACAUUGGAGAGAAUUCUGGGAGCUUAUCAACACUUCAACCUUUAGAUUAUGAAAAAUAUCCACAAUAUACCCUGGAAGUUAUAGCAUACAACCCAGAAAAUACUCAUCUUCAGAGUACUGCAACAGUCAUUGUGCAUGUAGAAGAUAUGAAUGAUGAAGGUCCUACAUUUGAACAUCCCACAUAUAAUAAAGUAAUGCUGAACAAAUCCUCCUACCCAGGCAGCCUUGUUAUUGAUCUAAAUGUAACAGAUGAAAAAGAUGGAAUUCAUUACUCUAUUACAGAUGGAAACAGCGAAGGAUUAUUUGUGAUUUCAAAUUCUACAGGUCACAUCUUUUUAAUAAAAGACCUUCCUAAACACAACAACUUACUAAGUUAUGCACUGACAAUUACAGCCACAGAUAUUGGAGUUCCACCUCUUUCAACUGCUACCAAGGUGUUUGUGACAAUAGCUUCAAGCAAUGUUAGUGUUCCUGUUUUCUCAGCAGAUUAUUAUACAGCUGAACCUUUAAGUGACUCCGCUUUACCAUCUACAGUGGUUAUACAAACUAGUGCCUUGUAUAAUAAACCACUUUACUAUUACUUUACAUCAGGGAAUGAUAAAGAUUACUUCAGCAUUGAUCCAUUUACUGGCACUAUAAGGACCAAGAAAGUGUUGAACACAUUGGAUUUCCCAAUCGAUUUAAGAGUCAGAGUAACUGAUUCCACUAAUCUUAAUAUAUUCAGUGAAGCUUUAGUUCAUGUGACUGUGAUAGAUGACAACAAAUUUGCACCAGUGUUCCCAGCUCCUGUCAUGGAAGUCAAACUGAAGGAAGAGCAACCUUAUCCUUUGUUAAUUACUCAGCUGCAUGCUGUUGACAAUGACACAGGAAAAAAUGGUCGUCUUACUUAUAAAAUUCUCAAUGGAAAUUUUGACAAAUUCAAAAUAAAUGCUUUAAAUGGAAAGCUGUUUGCUGAAAGAAAGUUUGAUUUUGAAAAUGAUCCAAAAGAAUAUCAGAUUGUUGUCCUAGCUGAAGAUGAUGGGAAACCAAACAAGAAACAAGGAUAUUGUACUGUUGUGGUCCACAUUGCAGAUAUAAAUGAUUUUAAACCUGUGUUUGAACCAACUGAAAAAAUGUUGGUUAAGGAAAAUGCACCAAUAGGCACUGUGAUUGGCAAAGUCACUGCAACUGACAUGGACAGUGGAGAUAAUGCAUUUAUACAGUACACUCUCUUAGAUGAAGAUGACCAAUUUGAAAUAGAUAGAUUGUCUGGGACCAUUUUCAUAAAAAAUCUUCUGGACUAUGAAACCAAACACAGAUCUGUAUUAACAGUUCAAGCAACAAACAGCAAGGCUGCUCCUUUUUAUCAGACCAACACAUCACUCACAAUUGACAUACUGGAUAUAAAUGAUAAUGCUCCAGAAUUUAUGCAGAAACAAUACUUUUCGGAAGUUUAUUUAAACAGUCCUGUGGGAACACCUGUUGCUGUUGUACAAGCAAGGGACAGUGAUCAGGCAAAAAAUGGUAUGAUUGAAUAUCACUUAUUGCCUAAUUCAGCGCUGUCGAAAUACUUUCUGUUUGAAAAUGAGAAACAUGGAAAACUCAUAACAGCCAAAAGUGGUUUGAAACCUGGAAAGAUAAACGUAACUGUGUUAGCUAAAGACAGAGGUGACCCUUCACUCAAUAGUACAGCUUCUGUUAUUGUAAAUGUAUUGUCUAAAAUCUUGAAGCAAAAGUCUCUUCCAGAAUUUAAGCAAAAUGAAUUAAGUACUAUAGUAAAGCAAAAUAAAAGUGGCAUAGAUCAUGUUUACACAUUUGCUGCAAAAGCACCUUUUGGAAAAAAUGUCACUUACAGGAUUGUUGCUGGUGAUGAACUAGACCACUUUAUAUUGGACGGAAGAACUGGAGAACUUUGGACAAAAGCCAAGCUUAACCCCAGACUACAGACCCAUAAUUUAAUUGUACAAGCAUUUGAAAUGCCUGAUACUAACCUACAAGGCCCUUUACCCAAGAAUAUGGCUCAAUUAAAAAUCACUGUUGAAGAUGCUAAUGAAGCACCAGUGUUUGAGAAGCAACUAUAUGAAGCAGAAAUAUUUAACUCUGUCCCAUAUGAAUAUCCAGUGGUCAAAGUAGUGGCAAAAUAUCCGCAUUUAAUGAAAAAUGCCUCAAUUGUCUACAGCAUGGUAAAUCAAUCGGGGGAUGAAUUUGAUAUUGACAAGUAUACAGGACAGAUCUUUGCAAAAUCUUUAAAUGGAGAAACAGGAACCUACUAUUUUAGAGUGCAAGCUAUGGGCCAAGGUGGUCUCUCUGCCCAAACACUUGUUAAGAUAACGCUAAAUGAUGUAUCUCAAGAUGUUGUGGAUCUUAAAAUUAACCAGACUGUGGACACUAUGGAGCCCUUUGUUCCUAAAGUGAUCAGGAUUCUGGAAAACAUACUCCAUCAAAAUGUAUCAAUCACAAAUAUAUUUUCCAAUGCCACUAACAUGAAAAAGGAGAAAGAAGAGGAAACGACCAUCAGUUUUCAAACCUUUGAUAAGGAUGGACAUCUGGUACCAGCUGAACAUGUUAUUAGAAAUCUUAUCCACAAUAUUACAAAUAUUAUGAAGAAGAAGUUGGAGCAAAUUCUUAAAAGACCUGUGGAUAUUUCAAUAUCUGAACAUCCCAAACCUCCUUUGAGCCAGGCAAUUAUAAUUGCCAUAACAACAUCUGUUUUAAUGGUCUGUACUCUGAUUGGUUUGGGAAUAUGUAUUUCUAGGAAGAAAUCUCCAGACAGUGAAAAUGGAGGUGGUGAUUUGGAAAAAGGGGAUUCACAGGAUCCUGAGAUUCCUGUAGUCAGCCAGGGUCCCGAUGAUGAAUCUAAGGCAGAAAAGCAAGAAAAUGGUGGGCAAAGAUCAGAGGCAUUAGACAAUAGAAAAACGCCUGAAGCAGAUACCAAAGACGCAGAAAAGGAGGAGCCUAAAGAGGAAGUUAAAGGCGACUUGAUACAGCCAGAUGAGAAAAGCAAAGAUGCAGAGGAUGAGACAAUAAUACCUGAAACUGACAGUAAACAAGCAGUGGAGGAGAAACCAAAAGAGGAAGGUGACAUGACACAGCCAGAUGAGAAAAGCAAAAUUGUCAUGGAUAAAAUAAAAACACCUGAAACUGACAUUAAACAAACAGAGCAGGAGAAGCCUGAAGAGGAAGCUAAAGGUGACAUGAUACACCCAGAAGAGAAAAGCGAAGAUUUAAUAGACAAAGUGAAAUUGCCUGAAACUGACACCAAACAAGCAGCAGAGGAACCUAAAGAGGAAGUUAAAGGUGAAGUGACACAGCCAGAUGAGAAAAGCAAAGAUGUAAUGGAUAAGACAAAAAUGUCUGAAACUGACAGUAAAGAAGCAGUAGAGGAAAAGCCUAAAGAGGAAGUAAAAGGUGAAGAGGCGCAGAUAGAUGAGAAAAGCAAUGAUGUAAUGGAUAAGAUGAAAAUGUCUGAAACUGACACCAAACAAGCAGCAGAGGAGCCUAAAGAGGAAGUUAAAGGUGAAGUGACACAGCCAGAUGAGAAAAGCAAAGAUUUAAUGGAUAAGACCACGGCAGAGAUACCUGACAAACCCACAGAAGAAAAACCUGAAGAUCAAGAGACACCAGAAAAGCAAAAACCUGAUGAAGAAGUUGUUGUAGAAGGCAUCGCAGAGAUAAAUGACAAACCCACAGAAGAAAACCCUGAAGAUCAAGAGACACCAGAAAAGCAAAAACCCGAUGAAGAAGUAGAAGGCAUCGCAGAGGUACCUGACAAACCCACAGAAGAAAAACCUGAAGAUCAAGAGACACCAGAAAAGCAAAAACCUGAUGAUGAAGAAGUUGUUGUAGAAAGCAUCAUCACAGAGGUACCUGACAAACCCACAGAGGAAAAACCUGAAGAUCAAGAGACACCAGAAAAGCAAAAACCUGAUGAAGAAGUUGUUGUAGAAAGAAUAGCAGAGGUACCUGACAAACCCACAGAAGAAAAACCUGAAGAUCAAGAGACACCAGAAAAGCAAAAACCUGAUGAAGAAGUUGUUGUAGAAGGCAUACCAGAGAUACCUGACAAACCCACAGAAGAAAAACCUGAAGAUCAAGAGACACCAGAAAAGCAAAAACCUGAUGAAGAUGUAGAAGGCAUACCAGAGGUACCUGACAAACCCACAGAAGAAAACCCUGAAGAUCAAGAGACACCGGAAAAGAAAAAACCUGAUGAAGAAGUCGUUGCAGAAGGGGAAGUUUCUGAAUCUGACAGCAAAGGUGCAGCUGUUGUGGAGCUUGAAGCUGCUGAAGUGAUAGCGUCAGAUGACAAGAGCAGUGUUGUAGGAGAUGCACUCAUAGCAGAGGUACCUGACAAACCCACAGAAGAAAAACCUGAAGAUCAAGAGACACCAGAAAAGCAAAAACCUGAUGAAGAAGUUGUUGUAGAAGGGGAAGUUUCUGAAGCUGACAGCAAAGGUGCAGCUGUUGUGGAGCUUGAAGCUGCUGAAGUGAUAGCGUCAGAUGACAAGAGCAGUGUUGUAGGAGAUGCACUCAUAGCAGAGGUACCUGACAAACCCACAAAAGAAAAACCUGAAGAUCAAGAGACACCAGAAAAGCAAAAACCUGAUGAAGAAGUUGUUGUAGAAGGGGAAGUUUCUGAAGCUGACAGCAAAGGUGCAGCUGUUGUGGAGCUUGAAGCUGCUGAAGUGAUAGCGUCAGAUGACAAGAGCAGUGUUGUAGGAGAUGCACUUGGUCAUGAAACGAAGAUCUCCCAACCUAAAGAAAACAAAGCGGAGGAAGAAAAAACAACUUCUAAAGAGGGAGAGAAAGAAUAUGAUACGGUUGAGGCGUGGGAGUCAUAUGAGAGUGAAGACUCAGAUACAGCCCCUAAGGAAAGCGGUAAACCGGAAACCCCAAUAACUGCUCCAACAGCCAAGACUGAGAAAAAGGAUAACCAUUCCCAAAAAUAAAAUUGCUUAAUGAAAAAACUUCUGUAACAGUUACCUAUUUUCUACCAAAUCUAAAAGCAUGCUGCUCCUGCUGUAGACCUUUAUUAGUGUAAAGAUACUUCUGAAAUGAAGAUGAGAGGUGCUGUUGAAAAGAAACAUUGUGUUAUGAACAAUAUUGGGAUUAUUUUCUUUCUCACAUUAAGAUAUUAAAAUAAAUGUGUAUUUCAAAAUGAUACAAAGUGACAAUGACUAAUAAAUGUCAGAACUCAGUGUUAAAA